GAAGGCGUGAAUGUGUAGAAGUGAAACACAGGUUUGAACCGUCGUCUCCAGUGCAUAGAAACAAGUCACAACAAACCCGAAUAUUUCAGCGGCAAAAACAAAAGGUAGAAAUUAGCUAUAACUCUGGAUUACUAUAAAAUUCAGCCAUCGAGAUGAGCACUGGUGAUCUGAAAGGAUGUCUGAGAAAGCUGGAAGCUGGUCUCCGUUCUCUGAAGUAUCCCAGAGAAGUGGACUAUCAAAGAUUGGCUGUGGGAGAUCCAUCAGCUUGUCUUCCUAUUGUGAGCUUCGCCUUCACGUCCUUUUCCCCCUCACUCACAGAGUGCCUGGUUGAUUAUGGCGUGGAACUAACCGGAUUGAAUGAUUUAAGAUUUAUUGAGAAUGUUUACAAGGUCUUGCGGGAUGUUUUCAGCUAUAAGCCACUGUUAACCAAACAGCAGUUUCUUCAGUUUGGCUUUGCUGAGAGGAAAGUCAUCAUUCUCUGUGAUAUCAUUGGCCUUGUUCUCAACAAACACAAAGAACUCACUAAAGAGAGCAAGCAUGUUAGUAAGCCAAAGAGAAGGCCUCAGUUUAAGAGCUGCACUAAAAAUGAGAUCUCUUCUGCUGAGAGUAAAUCACUGGAGUUAACAGGCCUGACAUUCCCUCAGAAGCAGCCACUGGUAGAAAGGCAUCUUGGCAGCAGCUCAGCACCAGCUCCUCAGAAGCUCCUCAGAUGCUCCUCAGAAGAGCAGCUACAGCAGGACGAGGAAACAGAAAAGAGGGGCUUAGACUGCGAGCGUUUUGAGGACUCAUCUCAAACUGCAGAUUCAAUUGAGUGUGUUUUAGAGAGCCGGCUGAGGGGGGUAGAAGCAAGCCUUCUGGAGAGUGUUGGCAGACUGGAGCAGCGGUUGGCCCUUAUGGAACACACGAUACAUGCUCUGGAGAAAAGCUUGGCUGGCAAGAUUAUCAUUGAGAGCAACCAGUGGGAGAACUUGGAGAGUCGCGUGCUGCUGCUGGAGACCAGGCAGGCUUUGACCUCAGCACAGGGUCUAACUUCAGGAGAUGGUGUCCUCAGCACAGACAAUGGUAGAUUCAAAGAGGACACGGUAUCUGUGAGUGGUGUUUCUACUGCGAUUCAUCCACCAUCUGACAUCAGUGAUAUCGGACACACUCCAGCAGCUCCCCAUCCGAAAUCCCACAAUUUUAAAGAAAGGCUGGACAGAAUAGUUCACAUGAUGAAGGAUACAUCUAACAUUCUGCAAAACAUAGAACCCACAAUGUAAAUUUAAUCUUAGUCCAGAGAAAUGUAUUUUAAAGGAAUAUAAUUUUUCAUUAAAAAAUUGACAAAUUCUCAUAUUGUUCCAAAAUUAGUGUACCAAAAACUUUCUGAUAAACAGACCAAAAUUGUAAUUCGUUAAAAGUAUUGCCCAAUACCAUAUGGUGGCAACUGUAUUUCAAAUAAAUCAAAUAGAUACUU